CAAAUGUGGGAUUUAAAUGUGUGUUUUUCCUGAAAAAAUAAGGAACUGCAUUUAAGUUUCUUCUGUGCCCGGGACUUUAAAAUUAAUGGGUAUUUUUGGUGUUAUCAGGAAAUGGUGUGACCGACUUGUUUGUAUUAAUUCAGCAAACACGUGGACGUAAUUUAAAUACAAGGGUGUAUUUAGGGGGGCUAAAAUUUGGGGGUGUGCUUCUGGUUGCGUUCAGCAUCGCGUAUUUUGAGUAAUUCUCUGUACAUCCCUUACAUUUUUUUGGCGGAAAUAAAAAGCGUGAUUCGUAGUGGGGGUUUUGUGUAAAUGCCAUGUGGCUGCUGGCUCUGCGAAUAUGCAUGGGAAUCCGCCGAAGAAUUCCCCUUCUAAGGUUUUAGACAAUUAAACGUAUCUGCGUGUUUUUAAAAAAUGCUGCCACAAAGUGCAUGUGGUGCGUUAGUAUUGCAGGUUUAGGCCGCUUCACGCCAUGUGUGCUGCAGUUUCAGGGCGGGGGGGCCGAGGCCUAGUCGCCAUAUUCCGCGUGAGGCCCCACAACAGCUGGCGCGUCAUCUUUUCUUUUAUCUUGGCCCUCAUAUUUAAAUACAAACCAUCACGUACAUCUGAAAGAAGCAUCUAUGUGCCUGCAGCGAUAUUGUAGCUCCAUUUUUGUGAAAUUGUGACGCAGUCCUGGAAUAUUUCUAAAAACGUUACAUGUUUUACGUUAAUUCGCGCAAUGAAGGAGGGAAUAACUGGCGAAUUUUUAAGGGAUUAUUUGGGCGCGAAUUAUUUUUCAUCAUUAAAUUGAGAAAUUAAAUACGUAUUUCUGUUAUCCUUGGUUAGGUGAAUUUUAAAUGAUUGCUGGGUGACACUUUCUCUGCCCCUUUUUUGGCCACUUAUUGCAUCGGUGUGUAUUAGCGAGAGCUGCAAGCUGCAGAUCCGGAAUAUCCCACCACACAUGCAGUGGGAGGUGCUGGAUGGCUUGUUGGCGCAGUAUGGCGGUGUGGAAAGCUGUGAGCAAGUAAACACGGAGACGGAGACCGCAGUUGUCAAUGUCCGAUACGCUUCCAAGGAUCAGGCUCGUCAAGCAAUGGAGAAGCUGAACGGUUUCCUGAUGGAGAGCUACGCCUUGAAGGUGACCUACAUCCCUGACGAAGCGGCUGCACAGGAGCCCCCCCCGAUGACGGGCCGGCGCGGUUUCGCGGCGCGUGGCCCCCCCCGGCAGGGCUCCCCUGGUGCCGGCGCCCGCCCCAAACUACAGUCUGACGUGCCUCUGCGCAUGCUGGUACCCACGCAGUUUGUGGGGGCAAUCAUCGGCAAGGAAGGGGCCACCAUCCGCAACAUCACCAAGCAGACGCAGUCCAAGAUCGACAUCCACCGGAAGGAGAACGCAGGAGCAGCGGAGAAGCCCAUCACAGUGCACUCCACGCCCGAUGGCUGCUCUGCUGCCUGCAAGACCAUCAUGGAGAUCAUGCAGAAGGAGGCUGUGGACACCAAGUUUACGGAAGAGAUUCCCCUCAAAAUUUUGGCCCACAACAACUUUGUUGGCCGAUUGAUUGGAAAGGAGGGCCGGAACUUGAAGAAGAUCGAGCAGGACACGGAGACGAAGAUCACGAUUUCUCCCCUGCAGGACUUGACCCUCUACAACCCAGAGAGGACCAUCACUGUGAAGGGCUCCAUCGAGGCCUGCGCCAAAGCUGAGGCAGAGGUCAUGAAGAAGAUCAGGGAGUCCUACGAGAACGACGUGGCUGCUAUGAAUCUCCAGUCUAACCUUAUCCCAGGUUUGAACCUGAACGCUCUUGGGCUCUUCCCUACCUCAUCGCCUGGCAUGAGCCCAUCCAUGUCAGUCCCUCCCCCUGGAGCUCAGGCUGGAUACCCAUCCUUUGGGAGCUUCCCAAUUGGGAGUGAUGCACCAUUUUGGGCAUCGGUGCUUUCAGCAGGCAGUCAGUCCCUUGCUCAUCCAGAAUCUGAGACUGUCCACCUGUUCAUUCCUGCCCUGGCUGUUGGCGCCAUCAUAGGCAAACAGGGCCAACACAUCAAGCAGCUUUCACGAUUCGCCGGAGCAUCGAUCAAGAUUGCACCGGCAGACGGCCCUGAUGCCAAGCAGAGGAUGGUGAUCAUCGCAGGACCACCAGAGGCACAGUUUAAGGCUCAAGGCAGGAUAUUUGGGAAGUUGAAAGAGGAGAACUUUUUUGGUCCCAAGGAGGAAGUAAAACUGGAAGCACACAUAAAAGUGCCAUCUUUCGCUGCCGGCCGAGUGAUUGGCAAGGGCGGGAAAACGGUGAACGAGCUACAGAAUCUCACCAGUGCAGAAGUGGUUGUACCCAGAGACCAAACCCCUGACGAGAACGAUCAAGUCAUUGUCAAGAUCACUGGUCACUUCUAUGCAAGUCAGGUAAAUUGCCUUAAAGUCCUCUCUUAUAUUACAUGCAUGUUCCUUCAGCCCUGUCUGAUUUGAAUGCAGUCCAGCCCAGAUCCUGGAGAACUGAUCUGUUCUACUUGCAAUUUCCUUCACGAUUAAUGAAGCAUUUUCCCAUCUCAGUCUCUAAAAUGGUAUUUUCCACAGAAUUAGACACUGCGAUUCUGACAAGGGGCUAUUAACACUUCCUGUAUCCGUCGUCUUUGGCCCAAUCCCAAUACCACCCCUUAGCCCCACCCUCCCGCGUAGGGUAGUGUUGUCCCAUUUCUUUUUAGCAGCGAGGGGGUAGUGGUGUUCAGCCCUCAAGAUGGCCCUCGAAACGGAGAUUUUUCAGAUGCUGACUCAGUGAAAAAGAAUUCCCACAAUGCAUUGCAAUCCACAACAAGAAAAAAAAAGAUGACUAGCGGUGUGAGGAAAGCAGCUCAUUAAUGUAAU